UGGACAGACGGAGUACCUGAAAAAACACACCAAAAAAGUAGAAAAGGAAAACGAAGAAACCGAGAGGCUCUUUGUUGCUCCUGGAUAUAAAUUCCACCGACUCAGAUCACUGUCUUGGCUAGUAGCGAGAGAUCAGAGAUGGCUGGGCCUCACAGCAGUAGAGAGAUGGCGGUGGCUCCCAACAAUUACGAUGUUUAUGGAAAGAGGAUCGCGGAGGAGGCUCCUUCGGAGACGGUAGUGGCUUACAACAAGUACAAUGCUUCUGGAAAUAGGAUCGCAGAGGCUCCUUCGGAGACGGCAGUGGCUUACAACAAGUAUAAUGCUUCUGGAAAGGGGAUUGCGGAGGCUCCUCCCGUGGCUGCCGCUAAACGUCGUCGAGCUGACUUUGAUGACCCUAGCAGCCUUAGUUUCUCAAGUUUUUAUGCUCGUGGGGAUGGAAGAGGAGAAACCCGUGUAAUUGUAGACACUGACCCCAUUGGAGCAUCCUACGAUUUUUACCUCCAGUGCUCGAAAAUGUCGCCUCAUAUUGGGGGAACAUCUGCCCGGUCUGUGGAUGGCGGAUUUAAAGAUCAUCAUGUUGAUCUCAGUGUUACGGGAUCCAAUCCAGCUCAACUCAGUUUUAUGGGAUCCAAUCCAGCUCAACUCAGUGUUAUGGGAUCCAAUCCAGCAAGAAGAAAGGAUAGCCAAAGCAUGACUUUGCAGGGUGGAAUACCAACAAAUUCUGUUCCAUCUGAUGCUUCCAGGACAUUGUUUGUGCUGGGUUUGCCUUCAGACUGUAGACGGCGGGAAGUUGCUCAUCUGUUUCGCUGCUUUGAAGGCUAUCAAGAAUUGAGACUUAUAAGGAAAGAGCCAAAAUAUCAUGGUGGUGAUCCAUCAGUACUUUGUUUUGUGGAUUUUGUUAGUCCCGCUCAUGCAGCUGUUGUUAAGGAUGCUUUGCAAGGUUACAAAUUUGAUGAGCUUGAUCCUCUUUCUGUCCGUUUGAUAUUGCAAUUUGCUCGUCACCCGGCUGCAAGGUUGGCUGGUGGGUACCGUUGAAAAUGAUGAGGUAUAAGGUGACAGGCACUCAGAUUGUGUAAGUUAGUACAGACUCCAGAUGGGUGGUUUUCCUGGGUUCAGCUUGAAUCGGAAUGUAGUUCAUGUAGAGCUUUGGUGGUCUGCCGGAGAAGGGCAAACUUUUUUAGCUUCCGAGAUUCUCAUGUCAGCUUUGCAGCUGUCGUUGGGAUCAGGCAUAGAAGAUAAACCAAGAAUCGGAAACUGAAUAUCCUUGAAUGUUAGUUUUAAUCAUUUCCUCAGAAAUACCGAAGCUGAUUGGAGUGUGCAAGGUCAGGUCCAACAUAUAUUUGUCAUUUUCACUAAAAGAGUGCUCUCUUGUUAAGACUGCUAGUACGCUGAUUGCUAUCUGUAUUGCAGGAUGGAGAUUAUCGUCUUUACUUGCUGGGAUAGCCUUAUCGGCUUUUCUACCUAGGAAGUUUCUAGGGGCUCUUUUUUGGUGUCUUUGCUUUCUUAUGAUUUCAAGCUGCUUAUAUUCUGGCUGCUUCUAUGCGUUAUAAAUAGAUAUUUAGCAUCAGUAAUCAUGGCACCUCUAAUGAUAGUGCAACACGUGGCUUUCCUUUGGCAGGUGAUGAUGUGCUGUAAAUUUCAGCGCUCUGUUACUUGCGUGGCUUACUUUUGGAUCCAUUCUAGUUAUGCGUGUCUGACUUCUCUGAUAUGUUUGGCUGGAAUGCAAGAUGUGCUCUUGGCUUGCCAAUUUUAUGAGAAACUGCAGUUUUUAAGUUUUGACCGUGAAGUGACUCGUCCACGCGUUGUCUUUGGGUGCAAGAUGCUUUCUGCGAUUAUCCUGGCUGUUGCGUCUCUUGCUUAAAAUUGAGACGAGUUGCAGAGGGGAGAGGCUGAUUAGAAAUGGAGAAAGUUAAUACAUCGCUUUUGCUUUUGUGAAAGACGCGGGGGGGAGAAGAAGAAGAAGAAGAAUGCGACAGAGGAAGAAUAGAAGGCAGGUGGUGAGCGGAAUUGUGAUCGGUGGACUGGUUGUUGAAUUGAUCUGAUUUGUGGUUUUAAAGUCCGAGAGUCGACGUGAUUAAUCACUGGUUGGGGUGGUUCCUACUUCCUACAUAUUAUAUGGGUGGAGCAGAGAAAAUCCGGAUUUUUUUGGGAGUUGAACCAUUAGAAUCUUCUAAUUAAGAUAUAACAUUAGAACGGUACUGGCUUCUCAUUACAAACCGAAAUCGCCAUAUGAGCAUGCUAAUUACGUGGCAUUUCACAGAAGCAGUAACCAUCCAAGUGCAAUAUUUGGGUGUCACUUUGGUGGUAAGUGUACUCUUGUAAUAAUAUGAAACUGAAAAUUGGACCGGCGUCCUUUUGACACA